AUGGAGCGACCUUUGAGAGUCCCAGAGCAGGAAAAUGACGACGGAGCCUGUUGGGCAUGUCUCAAGCACAACAGGGCUUGCGAUCGCGCGCUUCCAUGGUGCAACGUUUGCAGUGAACACGGCAUCAAAUGCACUGGCUACGAGGUCAGAUUGUCGUGGCCAGACGACAUCGUGGCCAAGAAGAGGCAGCGACCCGAUCAAAGCCAUCACCGACGACAGUCAUCAUCCAAAUCUGCUCACCAAUCUCCAUCAUCCACUACUAGCUCUACACAUUCUAAUAAGCGGGCGAUGCCCUCCGUGAUCUCCGCUUUGAACCUGCCCGCCGAGCAGAGCUUCUACAUGCAACAUUUCCUCCAGAACAUCGCCAGAAUUGCACUGGCAAUAGACCACCAGGGAAACGGCUAUCGAUCAUUGUUGCCCAUGGCGCUUGCGGAGCCUGCGGUAUUAAACGCAGCGCUGGCCGUUGCGGCAUCGCAUCACAGUCGCUGGCAACACACUGCCGAUGAUGUAUCACGCAAAUAUCUCGGGCUGGCCUGCAAGGCGCUUCGGAAUAGGUUCAUUGAACCAAAACUAAGAAACAGCCCUGUCACGCUGGCUUCCAUGCUACUGCUGGUAUCAUACGAGGUGUUUUCUGGAUCUUCGCGCUGGAAGGGUCAUUACGAUGCAAUUCGGGGCUGGAUACGAGGUCGACAAGGCAGCAAAGAUCUAGACUCGUUUCUUAUGAAUUGGGUCUGCCUCAUCGACACCCAGAGCGCGUUAAACCUCGGCACCUCCACGAUGCCUGAACUUGAUGAGUGGAUGAGCGCGGCCCCAAAUAUCCUAGCCCUGGUGAAGCACGAGUAUGUCAUCGUGCGGACUUCCCUCAUCGGGUCCAUCCUCUCGAACCUGCUGCUCGUCAUGGGCUGCUGCUUCUUCUUCGGCGGUCUGAGACGGCCGCAGCAGUACUUCAACGAGACGGCCGCCCAGACGGCAACGUCUCUCCUCGCCAUCGCUGUUGCCGCCGUCAUCAUCCCCACAGUUUUCGACUACACCACGGACAACCCGGUCAAGGACAUUGCCGGCCUCUCGCGCGGCACCUCUGUGAUUCUGCUCGUCGUCUACAGCGCCUAUCUCCUCUUCCAGCUCAAGACCCACAAGACCGUCUUCUCCGAGGAGAGCCAAAAGGUCGCCGCCAAACCCUGGAGCAGAAACUCCCUCGACUCCAACGCCGUGGGGCGAGGUAUUGCGCUGCCCGGUGCUCUCAUGAGUGAAGGGGUUUCUGAUGGCAACGAAAACUCGGCCAUCUUGAAGCAGGCUGGUGACGGCGGGGAGGAGGAGGAGGAGGAGGAGCCCCAGCUGCACUUCUUCGUCGCGCUCGGCACUCUCGUCAUCUCCACGGUCAUCAUCGCCCUGUGCGCCGACUACAUGGUGGACUCGAUCGACUCGGUGACGGAGAACAGCAGUCUCAAGAAGGAAUUCGUCGGUCUGAUUCUCCUCCCGAUCGUGGGCAACGCGGCCGAGCACGCCACAGCCGUCACCGUCGCCAUCAAGGAUAAGAUGGAUUUGGCAAUCGGUGUCGCCGUCGGGUCCAGUAUGCAGGUUGCGCUGCUCCUCUUCCCGCUCCUCAUCAUCAUCGGCUGGGGUCUUGGACUGGAUGAGAUGAAUCUCAGCUUCGACCUGUUUCAGGUGGCAGUGAUGUUUGUCGCGGUGCUCCUGGUCAACUACCUCAUCGCCGAUGGCAAGAGCCAUUGGCUGGAGGGCUUCUUGUUGAUCUGCUUAUAUUCAAUUAUCGGCACCUGUGCUUUUUAUUAUCCCAACAAAGAAAAUUCAUCGGAAUAG